GUAUAAGAGGAAGUAAUGCUGACAACAACCCCAAAAUCUCCCAGCGCCCGAACCGACCGCCAAGAUGAGAUUCCUGGUGCCGCUGUGCGUUUUCCUCGCGGUGGCAGCGUUUCACUCCGCUCUCUCAGCCUCUCUGGAAUCUGCAGACAAAGAGGAAGAAGUUGCUCAGCAUGAUGGGAUAACCGAGCUGAAGAAAAUAGAUCAGAUGGAGUUUGAGGCCGCUCAAAAGGUCGAGGCCGCUCAGAUGAACGUGACAGAGGAGCAGAAUGAGGAAACCCGCUACCUUGAAGCCGCUCAGGAUGGAUCCGUGGAGGAACAGAUCGACGCUGAGGACGACAACCCGGCAGAGGGGGGUGGUAACUCUGACGCAAGCGCUCACGAAGGUGAGAGGUGUUCACGGUUCAUGCAUCAGGCUGUAGAUGGCGAUAGAAGGCAGUUUGGAAAAGAAUCCCAGUCGGAGUCCUCCGAGGAAGCAGGCGGUGAGUCCGUGACGCUCACUUUUCCAGAUGCCCAGGAGGCCGCAGAGCCGGAGACUGUGAGCAGUUCGGAUGUGCUGGAGUGAGGACGCCCGCCCGCCUCCCGCAGCCGAGAGCCAAUAGAAAAGGACUUAUUCCAGCGAUCUGGUGUGCACGUCUGAGACGUUGUGAGCAAACACUCCUGAGCAGCGUUUCACGCCUGCUUUUCUGUCUGGUGUUUGAUUAUAGACAACUAUUAAAAAAAAGUUCAACACCAUUAUUUUUCCAUUUUUAUUUGUUUUUUUCCUUCCACAAUUGUGGACAAGUAUUUUUGAUGUGCAAUUAGAAAAACAAAAGUUCUUUGGUACCUAUGGGAAAAUUAAAAACAAUUAAGGCAACUACAGCAGCUAUAGAUCUGAUAUGCAUUUAGUACUGCAGCCAAAGGACCACGACCUGGUGACAUGCAACGUUUGUCCGGCCUCCAAACUACAGACCAGUUCAGCCAAUCACCAAACCACUCGCAUGGAGAACCUGUUCUUUCACAACCGUAUCCAGUCACUCAAAGAGGAUCGUUCGAACAAACCGAAUUUCACAGAAAACAAACAAACCGGAAAGUCUCCAAUAAAUGAACUGAACUGGGGGGGAAACGCAACGCUGAAGGAGGCAAUUAAUUAAGCAUUCAACCAUCACAGAUGAUGCAAUCAAGUUUCAACAGGAGACUUGCUUGAGAGAACGUGUUUCCAUUCGUUAACAUUCUGGGGUUUAAUUUCUCAAAGUAAAGUAAGUUACUAAUCAUUUCAAGUAAUUCUGUUGGGACAUUCUGAUUAAAAGAAAAAAUGGAUUGUAGGUCAUCCAGGACUUCAA